AUGGACAGUGGUAAUGAAAGUACCCUGGCAAUACAACAAAAUUUGAAAACCGCAGCCGAAGGAGAUGUAAAAGAAUACAUCGUUCAAGUUAUUACGUCUUUAUUUGGAUUGAGUCCACGCGAUCAAACAACGCUUGAUGUGGAACUCUCAUCUACCGUCUCCUACUUGACCGAUUUUAUCAACGAAGCUGACAAGAAUGUUCUUGUGGUUGAUCGUGUCGUUGCUCGAGAGCAAGGUGAUCAAACAGCUGCAGCUGAAAGUGGAGGAGAAGAAUCGGUUCCGGCUACAUUUCAAGUACAUGACGGACUUUUUGUGGCGGAUCGUGGUCAGGCAAUGGUUUUUGUGAAGCAAAGCAAUGUUAUUGAAGCCGACAAAAAAAUCGCUUCUCAAGUUUCUGCUUUUCCUUUGAAUGGUGGAAGUGCUUGGGAACAGCUUCAUUUCGUUAUGAGCCGUAUUCUGAAUCCGUACUGCAAAUCAUUCAUUAGUCAAAGCGGACGAGGAGAACGAGAUGGUGACAAACUGGCACCAACUGUACAGAAAUGUUUCACUGAAGCUGAAGCCGCGUUGCUACAUCUCCAACAGAACAUCGAUAUUCCGGAAAUCAACCUGGUCAUCAACCAAAGUAUUUUGGAUGCCAUCGAGAAGGCUGGAAAAGAAAAUCGACGUGCGAAGAUUGAAGACCUCGGGGACAUUGUUGAAGAUACUAAUUUUCUGAAUGCUCUGCAAGCUGGAUGCAAUCGUUGGGUUAAAGAGAUUCGCAAAGUUACUCAGCUUGAACGUGAUCCAAGCAGCGGAACUUCUCUUCAAGAAAUGACUUUCUGGCUCAACCUUGAACGAGCUCUGCUCAAAAUUGCUCAGAAGCGAGACGGUGAGGAAGUCACUCUCACACUUGAAGCAUUGAAAUGUGGAAAGCGGUUUCAUGCGACUGUUGGAUUUGACAGUGAUACUGGUUUGAAACAAAAACUAGCCGUUGUUCAAGACUACAACACACUUAUGAAGGAUUUCCCUUUGAGUGACUUGGUAUCUGCAACUGAUGUACCAAAACUGAUGCACGCCGUCACUGGAAUCUUUCUCCACCUCCGAAAAUUGCGUUCUACGAAAUAUCCUCUUCAACGUGCUCUCCGCCUUGUCGAAGCCAUUUCUCGUGACCUCAAUUCUCAACUACUCAAAGUUCUAUCUUCGUAUAGUUUGAUGCAUGCGCCGAUUGCCGAAUUCAAUGAUAUCUUGUCUCAAUGUCAAUCAUUGUUCAGUAAAUGGGACGACGAGUAUGAUAAGUUUAUUGCUCUACUUCGGGACAUCAACAAGAAAAAACGGGAUGAUCCAUCAAAGCUUUCAUGGAAGGUGACAGCAGUUCACAAAAGGCUAGAACAACGUCUUGGGCAGAUUCUGCAGUUCAGAAAACAACAUGAACAAUUUCGUACUGUUAUUGAGCGCGUUCUCCGUCCAGUUGGCAAUGCAUCCUCACGCACAAAAGAAGAAUUCAUGGUUGAUUCUACUGAAGGAGAGAAGUCACCAGACGAGCAAGUAGACAUUGCAUACGAGUUCUUGAAAAAUGUCGAUUUCCUCGAUGUUGACAGUCCUGCAUGGGAGAAUGCUUACAAGCGCUACGAAGACCAGAUCGGAGUUGUUGAAACUGCAAUCACAACAAGACUUAAGGGACAGCUCGAAUCAUCGAGAAAUUCUAAUGAAAUGUUCUCAAUCUUCAGUCGUUACAACGCUCUCUUCAUUCGCCCUCGUAUUCGUGGAGCCAUCUACGAGUAUCAAACACGUCUUAUCAAUCGUGUUAAAGAUGAUAUCAAUAAGCUCCAGGAGCGAUUCACCAAAGCACGUGGAGAGCAAGGAGUGAAAAUCAUGCAAACUGCUGGUCUCCCGCCCUUCUCUGCAAAGAUCAUGUGGAUUCGUAACUUUGAAAGACAGCUUCAGCGAUAUAUGAAACGUGUAGAGGAUGUUCUUGGAAAACAGUGGGAGAAUCAUGUGGAUGGACGUCAACUCAAGGCAGAUGGUGAUAAUUUCAAAGUGAAGCUUAACACUCAACCGAUGUUUGAAGAAUGGGUGGAGACUGUACAGUCGCAAAACUGGAUUCUUCCAACUAAUAUUCUGACUGUCGAUCGCGCACAAAUAGAUGGAAAAAUGCAGCUUCAACUGAAAGUCAACUACAAUCUUGACAGCUUAGUACUGUACAAGGAAGUUUCCCAUUUGAAGACCAUGGGAUUCCGUGUUCCCCUGAAAAUAGUUAACUGGGCUCAUCAAGCCAAUCAAAUGCAUCCGUCCGCAACAUCUCUGAUUGAGGCAACUCGUACUUUUGCUUCUGUGAAUGCUGCUUUGGCAUCAGUUCAAGGAGUAGAUUCAUUGCUUGCCAGUUACAAACGAGACAUUCAAGUUCAACUAUUAGAAGGAGCUACUCUUGGGUGGGACUCGUACAAAGUGGAUCAAUAUCAGUUGAGACUUGCCGAAACUGUAAACACUUAUCAAGAGAGAUGCGAGGAGCUUCUGAAUGUCGUUCGUAUCGUGAAUGCCGAUUUGAAUGUGCUCAAAUCCUGCCGUUACGACAAGGAAACAAUCGAAAAUCUUUUGUCAUCAAUUCAAAAAGGAGUCGAUCAACUCUCACUCGGAAACUAUUCAAAUUUGGCUCAGUGGGUCAACACUCUUGAUCAACAAAUCGAAACGAUUCUUGCUCGACGCGUUGAAGAUGCUAUUCGUGUAUGGACACUGGUUUUCUCUCAAUCAGAAGAAGUUGAAGAACUUCGUGAGCGACAAAUUGUACUUCCACAUGUUAAAAAUGUGAUUGUCGAAUUGUUUAUGACUGCUCAGACUCUUUACAUCAGUCCAAGCAUCCGGGAAACACGUGAAAAGAUUCUGGAACAACUAUAUGAGUGGCACAGUAUCUGCACUGCUCAAACAAGAAUCAGUGGAAAGAGAUUCCAGAUGGUGAUGAAUGAGGAGAUUGAGCCAGAAACUUACCACAACAUUUUGAAUGUGAUGCCAGAAGGACAAGCGUGUCUCGAAAAGGCAUACGAUUGUGUCAAUGGAAUCAUGUCCGAUUUGGAAGAAUAUCUCAGUGAAUGGCUCAGCUAUCAAUCUCUUUGGGUUCUACAAGCUGAUCAACUUUUCGAAAUGCUCGGAACAUCGCUCUCAAAAUGGAUGAAAACGUUAAUGGAAAUUCGCAAAGGCCGUCUUGUCUUUGAUACUCAAGACACUCGUCGAGCCAUCUUCCCAGUUUCAGUAGAGUACGGCAAAGCGCAACAGAAAAUUCUUUUCAAAUACGAUUACUGGCACAAAGAAAUGCUUGUGAAAUUCGGAGCUGUGGUUGGGGAUGAAAUGCAAAAGUUCUACAACUCUGUAUCCAAAUGGCGAAACGUACUCGAAACACAAUCUGUGGAUGGCGGGUCAACUUCCGACACUAUUGGUCUCAUCUCAUUUGUUCAAUCUCUCAAAAAACAGACGAAAGCAGGACAAGAUGCCGUCGACUUGUAUCGAUCCUCCCAGAGGCUUCUCAAUCAACAACGUUAUCAGUUCCCAGCUCAAUGGCUCUACUCUGAAAAUGUGGAAGGAGAAUGGUCGGCAUUCGCUGAAAUUCUCAGCCUCAGAGAUGCCUCAAUUCAAACACAGAUGAUGAACUUGCAAACGAAAUUCGCCCAAGAAGAUGAGAUUGUGGAGAAACGAACCGGAGAAACACUUGCUGAGUGGAACAAAAAUAAGCCUGUUGAAGGUUCUCAACGACCACAAGAUGCUCUCAAUGUCAUUACUGCAUACGAAGCUAAAUUGAACAAGCUGACUGAGGAGAGGAACAGGAUGCGUAAAGCACGCGUAGCUUUGGAUCUCUCGGAUAGUGCCCAUGCUCCAUCUGAGAGAGAUAAACUGUCAGUUGCAACAGAAGAGUUGUCAGCAAUGAAAGAUGUGUGGAAAGCACUGCAACCGGUGUACACUGGAAUCGACGAAUCUAAAGAGAAGACAUGGCUUUCUGUGCAACCACGCAAAAUCCGUCAAUCGCUCGAUGAAUUGAUGAAUCAAUUGAAGCAACUACCGGUGAAGUGCAGAACAUACCAAAGUUAUGAGCAUGUAAAAACGAUGCUUCAUACUUACGGAAAAAUGAAUCAGUUGGUAGCCGAAUUGAAAUCGGAAGCAUUGAAAGAAAGACAUUGGCAUCAGAUGAUGAAGGAAAUCCGUGUAAACUGGAACCUGACGGAUUUAACUCUUGGACAAGUUUGGGAUGCUGAUAUUCUUCGUCAUGAGCACACCAUCAGAAAAAUCCUUACUGUUGCACAAGGAGAAAUGGCUUUGGAAGAAUUCUUGCGAGAGAUGCGCGAAUACUGGCAAAACUACGAGGUUGAGCUGGUUAAUUACCAGAAUAAGACUAGGUUGAUCAAAGGAUGGGAUGAUCUGUUCAAUAAGCUCAAGGAACACCAGAACUCUCUGUCUGCUAUGAAGCUUUCCCCAUAUUACAAACAGUUCGAAGAGAGCGCACAGUCUUGGGAUGAAAAGCUGAAUAAAAUCAACGCCAUGUUUGAUGUGUGGAUUGAUGUUCAACGAAGAUGGGUUUAUUUGGAAGGGUUGUUCUCCGGAUCUGCUGAAAUCGCUACCUUGUUACCAUUUGAAAGUUCUCGAUUCGCCACAAUUACUACAGACGUUUUGGCUUUGAUGAAGAAAGUUGCUGCAUCUCCUCGCAUUCUUGAUGUUGUGAAUAUGCAAGGUGCUCAAAGACUUCUCGAGAGACUUGCUGACAUGCUUGCCAAGAUUCAAAAAGCAUUGGGAGAGUAUUUGGAAAGGGAACGUUCUUCAUUCCCACGAUUCUACUUCGUUGGAGAUGAAGAUUUAUUGGAAAUCAUGGGUAACAGCAAAGAUAUCACGAGAAUUCAGAAACACUUGAAGAAAAUGUUUGCUGGAAUCACUGCGAUCGACAUUAAUGAAGAAGACCGAUCGAUUACUGCUUUCCAUUCGAGAGAAGGUGAAAAUGUCAAUCUGGUCAAAAAAGUGACUACGAAGGAUGUCAGGAUCAAUGAUUGGCUUCAAGCUCUUGAGAGUGAGAUGAAGCAUACACUUGCUCGACAGCUCGCUUCCUCUCUUGCUCACUUUUCAAAGAUGAACAUCCAAACUAUGACGACUGAAGACUAUGUGCAAUGGCUUGAUAACUAUCCCACCCAAGUAAUCACGCUGACUGCGGAAAUCUGGUGGUGUGAUGAGAUGGAGAAGACGCUGGCUGAUGGAAAAGGAUCUGAAGUAGUUGAACAGUUAGUAGUUAAAACUCUCGAAUUGCUGGCAGACAGUGUCCUUAAGGAGCAACCACCGAUUCGCAGGAAGAAAAUGGAAGCACUGAUUACGGAACUUGUACAUAAACGUGAUACUUGCCGACAAUUGAGCUCUAUGAAGAUUCGUGCAGCCAAUGAUUUUGGAUGGCUUCAAUGCAUGAGAUUCUAUUUCGAUCCAAAGGAAGUCGAUCCGAUCCGUUGCUGUGUUGUCAAGAUGGCCAAUGCACAGUUCUACUAUGGUUUCGAGUACCUUGGAAUUCAAGAGCGUCUCGUUCGAACUCCACUCACGGAUCGUUGUUAUCUUACAAUGACUCAAGCCCUUCAUUCUCGUCUUGGAGGAUCUCCAUUCGGACCAGCCGGAACCGGAAAGACUGAAUCUGUGAAAGCUCUCGGACACCAACUUGGUCGCUUUGUUCUUGUGUUCAAUUGUGAUGAAACAUUCGAUUUCCAAGCAAUGGGACGUAUUUUAGUAGGAUUGUGUCAAGUUGGAGCUUGGGGAUGUUUCGAUGAGUUCAAUCGUUUAGAGGAACGAAUGCUCUCUGCCGUAUCUCAGCAAAUUCAAACUAUUCAAGAAGCAGUUCGGGCUGGUGGAGAUAUGAGUGUUGACUUGGUUGGAAAGCGUCUCAAUGUUAAUUCAAACAUUGGAAUCUUCAUCACAAUGAAUCCCGGUUAUUCCGGACGUUCCAAUCUUCCGGAUAAUUUGAAACAACUGUUCCGAAGCUUAGCAAUGACUCAACCCGAUCGCCAACUUAUUGCUCAAGUUAUGCUCUUCUCACAAGGAUUCCGUACUGCAGAAACUCUCGCCAACAAGAUUGUUCCAUUGUUCAUACUUUGCAAAGAACAACUUUCUGCUCAAUGUCACUACGAUUUUGGACUUCGUGCCCUCAAAUAUGUACUGGUAUCCGCUGGUAACAUCAAGCGUGAUAAGUUGGAUAAAAUAGGAUCAGCAGCGCUGGAAGAUAUUGCUGAACAGCAGAUGCUCAUUCAAUCUGUUUGUGAAACACUAGUUCCAAAACUCGUGAACGAAGAUAUUGCAUUGCUUUUCUCGCUUCUUUCGGACGUGUUCCCAGGAAUUCAUUAUACCGCCAAUCAAAUGACCGAACUUCGUCAACAACUUUCAACUGUAUGCCAGGAGCAUCUUCUUGUGUAUUCCGAUAUUCAAGGAGAGAUGGGAUCAAUGUGGCUUGACAAAGUACUUCAGUUGUACCAAAUCACUAAUCUCAAUCACGGACUUAUGUUGGUCGGAUCAAGUGGAUCAGGAAAAACAAUGGCAUGGAAAGUUUUGCUCAAAGCUUUGGAACGAUGGGAAAAUGUGGAAGGUGUUUCUCACGUCAUCGAUGCGAAAGCCAUGAGCAAAGAUUCUUUGUACGGAGUUAUGGAUCAAAAUACUCGUGAAUGGACCGAUGGAUUGUUUACAUCUAUUGUACGUAAGAUUAUUGAUAAUGUGAGAGGAGAAGCAGAUCGUCGCCAGUGGAUUAUCUUCGAUGGAGAUGUUGAUCCGGAAUGGGUCGAAAAUUUGAACUCGGUAUUGGAUGACAACAAGUUGCUGACACUUCCAAACGGAGAACGUCUUUCGAUUCCACCAAACGUGAGAAUUAUCUUUGAAGUUGCUGAUUUGAAAUACGCAACAUUAGCAACUGUAUCUCGUUGUGGAAUGGUUUGGUUCAGUGAAGAAGUAGUCACUUCUGAGAUGCUUUUUGCGAGAUAUCUCUCAAUGCUCCGUGGUGUACCACUAGAUUCUGACUCUGCAGUCAGUUUCUCUUCAUCGAAUGCUCCAGUCAAUUUGGUGAAAGAUAAUGAAGCGAAGCCAACACGCGCUAUCGAAAUCCAACGAACAGCUGCUCUUGCCAUUCAAGCUCACUUCUCCCAGGAAGGAAUUGUUCCAGGUGCAUUGAAAUAUGCCGUCUCGGAACUUGAGCACAUCAUGCCGCCGACACCCCAACGGCUUCUUUCGUCGUUCUUCUCUAUGAUGUCGUAUUCGGUUCGAAAAAUGGUUUCCCAUGACGAAGGUCUUAUUGAUGAUUCUAUGGAACUUGAUCAAAUCCAGAACUUUGUGCUCCGAUCUAUGCUUACUAAUCUAGUUUGGGCAUUCAGUGGAGAUGGAAAGUGGAAAUCGAGAGAAAUGAUGAGUGACUUCAUUCGACAAGCCACGACGAUAUCCCUACCACCAAAUCAACAGGCUUGUCUCAUUGAUUAUGAAGUCCAGCUUAAUGGAGAUUGGCAGCCAUGGCUCGCUAAAGUCCCUACAAUGGAAAUUGAGUCCCAUCGUGUAGCUGCAGCUGAUCUGGUCGUUCCAACAAUUGAUACAGUUCGACAUGAAAUGCUUCUUGCUGCUUGGCUCGCAGAACACAAGCCACUUGUACUCUGUGGUCCCCCAGGAUCUGGAAAAACUAUGACACUUCUAGCUGCUCUACGUUCUCAACAGGAGAUGGACGUUGUUAAUGUAAACUUCUCAUCGUCUACAACGCCAGAGUUGCUUCUCCGAACAUUCGAUCACUAUUGCGAGUACAGACGCACACCGAACGGCGUUGUUCUUGCUCCAGUUCAACUUUCACAGUGGCUUGUAAUCUUCUGUGAUGAGAUCAACUUGCCCUCACCUGAUCAGUAUGGAACUCAACGAGUUAUCAGUUUCUUGCGCCAGCUUGUUGAAUUGAAUGGAUUCUACCGAACUUCCGACCACAGCUGGGUCUCACUCGAACGCAUUCAAUUCGUUGGAGCAUGUAAUCCACCGACUGACCCCGGUCGUCAUCCAAUGACUUCGCGUUUCCUCCGACACGUUCCUAUCGUUUAUGUCGAUUAUCCAGGACAGACAUCUUUGCAACAAAUUUACGGAACAUUCAAUCGUGCUAUGUUGAAAAUGACACCAGCAGUUCGGGGAUUAGCCGAUCAGCUCACCAACGCAAUGGUCGAUGUUUAUUUGGCAAGUCAAGAACACUUCACUCAAGACGAUCAACCACAUUAUGUGUAUUCUCCAAGAGAACUGACCAGAUGGGUGCGAGGAAUUUCGGAAGCUAUAACACCGUUGGAAUCACUUUCUGCUGAUCAGUUGGUUCGAUUGUGGGCUCACGAAGCGAUUCGCUUGUUCCAGGACAGAUUAGUAACAGAAGAAGAAAGAGAAUGGACCGACAAACUUGUUGACACAACUGCUGAAAGAUACUUCGGAAACUCAUGUCGCCUGGAUGAAGCUCUCAAGCGACCAUUGCUUUAUUCAUGCUGGUUGUCUCGAAACUACGUUCCAGUCACACGCGAAGAAUUACAAGAUUAUGUGUCAGCCAGACUCAAAGGAUUCUACGAGGAAGAACUCGAUGUCAAGUUGGUUCUGUUCGAUCAAAUGUUGGAUCACGUUCUUCGUAUUGAUCGAAUUUAUCGUCAAUCUCAAGGUCAUUUACUUCUCAUCGGAACGGCUGGAGCAGGAAAAACUACACUGUCAAGAUUUGUUGCAUGGCUGAAUGGAUUGAGCGUUUUCCAGUUGAAGGUCCACUCCAAGUACACUGCUGCAGAUUUCGAUGAAGACAUGCGAACAGUAUUACGUAGAGCUGGAUGUCGAAAUGAGAAGCUAUGUUUCAUUAUGGACGAAUCGAACAUGCUUGACACUGGAUUCCUUGAAAGAUUGAACACUCUUUUGGCUAAUGGCGAAGUUCCUGGAUUGUUCGAAGGAGAUGAACACACUACUCUUAUGACUCAAAUCAAGGAAGGCGCUCAACGACAAGGCUUGAUUCUUGAUAGUCACGAUGAACUUUACAAAUGGUUCACACAACAAGUUAUGAGAAAUCUUCAUGUUGUCUUCACCAUGAAUCCAUCUGGGAGUGGUCUCCGUGAACGCGCUUCAACUUCUCCUGCGUUGUUCAACAGAUGUGUACUCAAUUGGUUUGGUGAUUGGAGUGAGAAUGCCCUUUACCAAGUUGGAUCUGAGCUUACCAGAACAAUGGAUCUUGAUAGAACUGACUACGAAGGAUCUGUUCGAUUGACACCAUCGUGUGAACUCGUUCCAUCCGAACCAACCUACCGCGAUGCUGUCGUUAAUACUCUGUGUCUUGUCCACAAGACAGUCCAAAAGUUCAACGAGUUGGAAACAAAGAAGGGACACCGUGUUAUGGCUUGUACUCCAAGACAUUUCCUUGAUUUCAUCAAGCAGUUCAUGGCCGUAUUCCACGAGAAGCGUUCUGAUCUUGAAGAAGAAAAGAUUCAUUUGAACAUUGGAUUGAACAAGAUCAGUGAGACUGAGGAGCAAGUUAAAGAACUCCAGAAGAGUCUUCAUCUAAAGAGAAAGGAAUUGGAGGAGAAGAAGGAAGCUGCUAACUUGAAAUUGAAAGAAAUGCUGGGAGAUCAACAGAAGGCAGAAGAAGAGAAAAAAUUCUCUGAACAACUUCAAAAGGAACUUGCUGAGCAACUCAAGCAGAUGGCUGAGAAGAAAACAUUUGUGGAAAGUGAUUUGGCUCAAGUUGAACCAGCCGUCGCUGAAGCUCAAACUGCUGUCCAAGGAAUCAAGAAAAGUCAAUUGGUUGAAGUCAAGUCAAUGUCUAGUCCUCCCGUAACUGUUAAGCUCACAUUGGAAGCCAUUUGCAUUCUUCUCGGAGAACAAGUUGGAACAGACUGGAAAGCAAUUCGACAAGUCAUGAUGAAAGAAGAUUUCAUGACCAGAAUUCUUCAGUUCGAUACAGAAUCCCUUACUCCUAAAAUAUUGAGUCAGAUGGAAGUAUACAUUCAGAAUCCAGAUUGGGAGUUCGACAAAGUUAAUCGUGCUUCAGUCGCUUGUGGUCCUAUGGUUAAAUGGGCUCGAGCGCAGCUAUUGUAUUCGACUAUGCUCCACAAGGUUGAACCACUGCGUAACGAACUCAAACGUCUGGAGAAAGAAGCUGCAAAGAAAACGGAUGAAGGAAAGGUCGUGGAUGUGAGAAUAACUGAGUUAGAGGAAUCGAUUGGAAAGUACAAGGAAGAAUAUGCUCAGCUUAUUGGUCAAGCUGAAAACAUCAAACAAGAUUUGUCUUCAGUUCAAGAGAAAGUUAAUCGUUCGACUCAACUCCUGUCAUCUCUUCGAUCGGAACGCGAUCGCUGGUCAAGUGGAAGUGCUGGAUUCUCUCAACAAAUGGACUCACUUGUCGGAGAUGCUCUCCUGUCAUCUGCAUUCCUUGCUUAUGCUGGAUACUACGAUCAAAUGCUUCGUGAUGAAAUCUUCCACAAAUGGUUCAAUCACGUCGUCAACGCUGGACUUCACUUCCGUCACGAUUUGGCUCGUAUCGAAUAUCUUUCAACCGUGGACGAUCGUUUGCAAUGGCAGCUCAAUUCGCUUCCAGUUGAUGAUUUGUGCACUGAAAACGCCAUCAUGCUUCAUCGUUUCAAUCGUUAUCCACUCAUCAUUGAUCCAUCAGGACAAGCCGUUGAAUACAUCAUGAAACAAUUUGCCGGGAAGAACAUCCAGAAGACAUCCUUCCUUGACGAAUCUUUCCGCAAGAACCUUGAAUCUGCACUUCGUUUCGGAAAUUCCCUUCUUGUUCAAGAUGUUGAGGCGUAUGAUCCAAUUCUCAAUCCCGUGUUGAAUCGCGAAGUCAAGAGAGCUGGUGGACGUGUACUGAUUACAAUUGGAGAUCAAGAUAUCGAUCUUUCUCCAGCAUUCCAAAUCUUCAUGAUCACUCGUGAUUCGACUGUUGAAUUCUCACCGGAUAUCUGUUCACGCGUCACUUUUGUCAACUUCACUGUCACAUCUUCAUCAUUGGCCAGUCAAUGUCUCAACCAAGUUCUCCGAAGUGAAAGACCAGACGUAGACAAAAAGAGAAAUGAUCUUCUGAAACUCCAAGGAGAGUUUGCAGUGCGCCUACGUCAUCUCGAAAAAGCUCUAUUGGCGGCGCUGAAUGAGAGCAAAGGAAAGAUUCUGGACGAUAAUUCGGUUAUUGAAACUCUCGAAAAACUAAAGAAUGAAGCAGCAGAAGUCGCUCAAAAAUCAGCUGAAACCGACAAGGUCAUGGCAGAAGUAGAUGCAGUAUCAGCACAAUAUCAACGACUUGCCACUGCUUGUUCACACAUCUAUCACACUCUGCAGCAGCUCAAUGAGAUUCAUUUCUUGUAUCAUUAUUCACUCGACUUCCUUGUGGAAAUCUUCACCUAUGUCCUGAAGACGCCUGAGCUCACUUCAACUACCGAUUAUGCUAAGAGAUUGAGAAUUAUUACAACAAGCCUGUUCCAGACUGUCUUCCGUCGCGUUUCUCGUGGAAUGUUACACACUGACAAAGUUCUUCUGGCACUUCUUUUGAUGAGAAUUCAUAUCCGCUCGAACCCGGCUGCUGCUGCCUACGAAAAACACUUUGAUCUCCUUCUCGGAAGAUCAGAUGUCGCGAAAACUGAUGAUUCGGACAACUCAAUUCCUCCUGGACUUGAUUUCCUUACUAUGGAAAAUAAGAAAGCUAUUGCAAAAACACGCAAAGUUCAAGGAUUUGAAAACGUAUUUGCCAAAUUGCAAUCCAAUUCAGCGGCUGUCACUGCGUGGUCCACUCAUGAUAACCCAGAGUCAAACGUUCCAGUGAUCUGGGAUGAUGCUGAUGGAAAGCUUACUCCAUUGUGUAUUGCAAUGAAUUCCCUGAUUGUCGUUCAUGCUCUCCGCCCAGACAGACUUAUGGCUUCAGCGCAUCGUGUAGUCUCUACCGCUUUCGAUGAUCAUUUCAUGCAGCAGGACAAGGUCGUUGACAUACUCUCAAUCGUCGACAACGAAGUUGCUCCAUCGGAGCCAGUGCUUUUAUGCUCUGCUACCGGAUACGAUGCAUCCGGGAAGAUCGAGGAUCUUGCAGUUGAAACAAGUCGUCAAUUGACUUCGAUCGCCAUUGGUUCAGCUGAAGGAUUCAACCAAGCUGAUUCUGCACUUGGAGCUGCCACGAAGUCAGGACGCUGGGUCCUUUUAAAGAACGUUCACUUAGCUCCAAGCUGGUUGGCCCAGUUGGAGAAACGACUUCAUUCCAUGAAACCACACGCACAAUUCCGUCUUUUCUUGACUGCCGAAAUUCACCCCAAACUGCCAUCUUCGAUUCUACGAGCAUCUCGAGUAGUAGUAUUCGAACCAGCAACUGGUCUCAAGGCGAAUCUCUUGCGCUCAUUGUCUAGCAUUCCACCUCAACGGCUCACAAAGGCACCGACUGAAAGAAGUAGAUUGUACUUGCUCGUCUGCUGGCUUCACGCUCUCGUCCAAGAAAGACUCAGAUACACUCCUCUCGGGUGGUCAACAGCCUACGAGUUCUCUGAUGCUGAUCUCCGCGUUGCCUGUGAUACCCUCGAUGCAGCUGUUGAUGCUGUUGCACAAGGACGUCCAAAUGUGGAACCGGAACGUCUUCCAUGGACAACUCUCCGCACUCUUCUCAGUCAAUGCAUUUACGGAGGAAAGAUAGACAAUCAGUUCGAUCAAGUUCUCCUUGAUUGUGUACUCGAAAACUUGUUCACUGCCAAGAGUUUCGACCAAGAUCAUGUUCUCAUUCCAAAGUAUGAUGGAGAUGAGUCUCUCUUCACUCCCAACAUGUCCAAGAAAGAUCAAAUGAUCGGUUGGGUAGAAGAAUUAAAGAAUGAGCAACUUCCAGCCUGGCUCGGUCUUCCUAACAACGCAGAGAAAGUUUUGUUGACGAAGAGAGGAGAAUCUAUGCUGCGAAAUAUGCUAAAGGUUACUGAUGAAGAGUUAGCGUUCAGUGAAGACGGAAAAGAAGAAGUCAAACCACAGUGGAUGGCUCAGUUAGGAGAACUCGCCAAGCAGUGGCUUUUGUUGUUGCCUAAGGAAAUCGUCAGGAUGCGUCGUACUGUCGAAAAUAUCAAGGAUCCAUUGUUCAGAUUCUUUGAAAGAGAAGUCAAUUUGGGAUCGCAGUUGCUGAAGGAUAUUCGUCGAGACUUGAACGAAAUCGCUGCUGUUUGUCGGGCUGAGAAGAAGCAGAAUAAUGAGACACGUGCUUUGGCUGCCAGCUUGCAAAAGGGAGAAGUUCCAAAUGGAUGGAAGCGUUACACAGUUCCAAAGGAGGUGACUGUGAUGGACUGGAUGACGGAUCUGAACGAAAGACUUAAGCAACUGAUGCGUGUUGGAGGGUCUGAUAAUUUGAAGCGCGAAACGUUCUGGCUGGGUGGAACUUUCUCACCAGAAGCUUACAUCACUGCCACUCGCCAGCAAGUUGCUCAGGCAAACACGUGGUCUCUCGAACAGCUCAGUUUGCACAUUCAUAUUGGACGCACAGAUAACACUGACGUCUUCCGAAUUUCUGGAGUUGAUAUCCGUGGAGCCAAGUCUGUUGGUGGAAAUAAGCUCGAGCUUUGCGAGCUUGUCAAGAGCGAGUGUGACGUUGUUGAGUUCAGCUGGAAGCAGGAAGCACCCGAUGGAACCCGUCUUCCGCUGUACUUGUACGGAGAUCGUCGUCAACUGAUUUCCCCACUUUCAUUCCAACUUUCAUCUGCCACCGUCUUCUAUCAACGCGGAGUUGCUCUCGUUGCUAACUCGACUCUUUAA